ACGACCAGGUGAAAAGCGCAAGAAGGACGUGCUGUGACUGAGUGCUACAAGAACAUUUAACAAGAGGACCUAAACUAGUCAUGGGAUCAGGGGAGAUUUCCCUGAAGAAAGAAAUCUGAGCCAGGAUCUGAAGGAUGAACAUAGUACCACCUCUGAGGCAACUCCAGUAUUUUUUACUGCCAAUCUACUUCUUCAGAUUUUACUUAAGAUACCAAAUCUCCAGCAGCCCCUAAAGCCUAGGAGUCUAGUAAAUCAUCAAACAGACUCAUGACUGAAAAACAGCAGGAAGAAGCAGAAUGGGAAAGCAUAAAUGUGCUUUUGAUGAUGCAUGGUUUAAAACCUUUAUUUCUAGUCAAAAGAACUGAUCUUAAAGAUUUCAUCAUUUUUGAUAAACAGUCAUCACAGAAGAUGAGGCAGAAUUUGAAAACAUUGAUGGAAGAAACAACACGUCAGCAGAACAUGAUCCAGGAGCUCAUAGAAACUAAUCAGCAGCUUAAAAAUGACCUUCAGCUAGAACAGAGCCGAGCAGCCGAUCAGGAACAACGAGCUAAUGACUUGGAACAAAUUAUGGAGUGUGUGAAAUCCAAAAUUGGUGAAUUGGAGGAUGAAUCCAUAAAUAGGGUUAGCCAGCAACAGAAUAAAAUAAAAGAUCUUCAAAAGGAGCAUAAAGCUUUACAGGCAAAAUGUCAGCAUUAUAAGAAAAAACAAAUGGAACAACAAGAGACCAUUGCUUCUUUGCAAAAGGAUAUCUAUAGAUUAACAAAAGAGGAGGAAGAGCGCAUUGUCACUCAAAACAGAGUGUUUGCUUAUCUCUGCAAAAGAGUUCCUCAUACCAUCUUGGAUAGACAGUUGCUUUGCCUAAUUGAUUAUUAUGAAUCUAAAAUUAGAAAACUUCAUAAACAAAGGGUAUAUAAGGAAGAUGAAAGUCUGUCAGAAGAAGAGAAAGACUACAGAAGUUUUGAUGCCUCCCUGACUUAUAAAGGCCUUCUAAUGUCAUUACAGAAUCAACUCAAGGAAUCAAAAUCCAAGAUUGAUGCGCUUCUAAGUGAAAAGCUGAAUCUCCAAAAAGAUUUGGAAACCAGGCCCACACAGCAUGAAUUAAGACUUUAUAAACAACAGGUGAAGAAACUGGAGAAAGCCCUUAAGAAAAACAUCAGGUUAAAGGAUCUUCUCAGUCAAAAAAAGGUGGAGGACCCAGAGAAACAAGAUGAACCCAGCAAAGACAACCAGCAGCAGGCCCUAAUUGACCAGAGAUACUUUCAGGUGCUGAGUAGCAUCAAUUCAGUUGUUCACAAUCCAAGAGCUCCAGUGAUAAUUCAUAAACAGAGCAAAGGAGGAGCCCAACAUUUUCAUAAAGAUUUUGUUCAAGAUUGUGGAUUUGAGCAUCUUAUUCCUAUAAUAGAAAUGUGGGCAGAUCAACUGACUUCCCUAAAGGAUUUGUAUAAGUCCUUGAAAAUACUGUCUGCAGAACUGGUGCCUUGGCAUAAUUUAAAAAAGCAGGAUGAAAAUGAAGGUAUCAGAGUUGAAGAUCUGUUAUUUAUAGUAGAUACCAUGUUAGAAGAAGUUGAAAAUAAGGAAAAGGACAGCAAUAUACCAAACUUAAAAACUUUGCAAGCUAUUGUUUCUCACUUCCAAAAAUUAUUUGAUGUGCCUUCUUUAAAUGGAGUCUAUCCUCGAAUGAAUGAAGUUUAUACUAGGCUUGGAGAAAUGAACAAUGCUGUGAGAAACCUCCAAGAACUCUUAGAAUUAGAUAGUUCAACUUCAUUGUGUGUGUUGGUGAGCACAGUUGGAAAAUUGUGUAGGCUGAUUAAUGAGAAUAUGAAUGAGCAGGUUAUGCAGGUAUUAGGACCUGAAGAUCUCCAAAGCAUUAUCAACAAAUUGGAAGAACAUGAGGAAUUUUUCCCAGCAUUUCAGGCAUUUACUAAUGAUCUACUUGAAAUCUUAGAAAUUGAUGACUUGGAUGCCAUUGUACCUGCAGUAAAGAAAUUAAAAAUACUUUCAUACUGA